GCCGAAGUUUCUGAGGUAAUUGUAAGAGAUUCGGUCUCCUUGGCCUGCUCUGCUGAUCUGCUACCUCCUUCGGACCGGGCAUGGAUUGCCUGCAAUCAUUGCUCAGAUCCAUGAGGACGUGACUGCGGAGAUGAAGCACGCUCCGAUGGAGCAGGACAUGUUUGGACGUUGAUUUGUGAUGAGAAGAUCAUUCAAGAUUAUGCCGAGAGACAAAGUCUACUAAGUAGACUUUACUCCCCUCUGAUGGAGCAAUUAUUCUUUCCAUAGAUCCAUGAAAAGCUCCGCAACUGUUGGUUUCGAAGGACGUAUAUAAGCCGCAUCUGUCCUGGUUGUGAGCAUAGAUCGCUCAUUUCUAACCCGUUGAAGUAAUAUCGAAACUUUUGCAUUCGGGAUUUUCCGCCUGAAGGAGGCCAUUUAUUCACAGGUUCCUAGAACAGAUAUCUUGUAGCAGUAUAGUUUAGCCCAGCGAUCUGAGCGAGGCACUCACACUCGUUUCGUAAAACAACUCUCCUCUCGAACUCCGGAUUUACAGCAACAGCAUGGCGAUAAAUUAUGGGACAUCCACUCUGGCUGUGUUUCUCAGUGCCCUGUGUAUCCUUUCGUCGGGAUGCUGGAGCCCUGUGUGCGCCAUGGAGCUCAAGGCCGUGAAGUUCUCUUACUACUUACACGACGACUUAGUGCCGCCAAACGUUACCGCUGUACUAGUCGCCGGCGCCGGCGGGUCUCUCACUGGCCAAUCUUCACUUGGCAAUAUCAUCGUCUUCGAUAGCUUUCUCAGGAAGACUUCCUCCAAUGCUUCAGCUCUAAUCGGCCACGGCUCGGGAGAAAUUGUGACACUCAAUGAUCCAGUAGAGAGGUUCAUUACCUUCGUGCACGACAUCACAAUCUCCGGCUACUCUGGGACCAUCUCAGCCUCUGGCAGGUUCAACUUCACCGCCCCAUCUUGGGAGCUGGGCAUCAACUCCGGCACGGGCUCCUUCAGAGGAGCGAGAGGCUACUUUACAGCCAGCAUGAUCUCUCUCAACCCAUCUUUUCCCAUUCUCAAGUACGAAGCAAAUCUGAUACUCCCACAUCACUAGAACUGGUUUCGUCAUUUGCAAGGCGUUCAAACGGACUACAGACGAGGCUCUGUCUACUCGACGCAUUCAUGGAGCCUGAAGCGGGCGGUUGGGCUCGUUCACGUGCAGCUUUCCAUGAAAAAUCAAUUUCACAGUUAUGAAUUUGGCAGUUCUCAGAUUUCAUGUUGAUUCCUGUGUUACAUCCGUUCACUAAUUUUUUGUUCCAUCUUGUCUGUACCCAUGCGUGAUCGACGCAAGACGCAACCCUGGUGAAAGGACACAUGGAUGAGGACUUCAUCUGUCUUCGGACUCAGUUACAUGGAUGUGCUACGUGCUUGCUCUCCUAUACAGUCGUCUAGCAGAUCUUUUCCUGCGAUUGCGAUUACUAAGAGCUAUUGGGUUCAGCUCCGUAGGAAUUGUUGUUCCAUAAGACGUUAAUUAUUAUUGGUAGCAAUGUAGUGUCCUUGAAAUACAAAUUCUUCAGAUAUUUUUGAAUAUCAUGAUUCAAGUUUUCGCUUAUAGUCAAUCUCCCGCUUCGGUGAAACUUUAGACGAGAAAGUUUUAUUUUUCCUCAUUCAAAGUUUCACUCUGAAGGAGGUUCCUCUC